AUGCAUGGCAAAGUCAUCGAUGGCGGCUCCAGGCGCAGACCCGAACCGUAUCCCACCACCAGGUCGAGGUCCAGCGAGACUAGCAAGACCGGCAAGAGUUCCGAAGACAAUCGUGCCAAAGGCAGCCACAGGGGCUUCGUGGUCAUCACCUUACCAGACGACAGCGAGAGUGAGCACGAGAUCAACAGCGUGACAGACGAUGACGAAAGCGAGUACGAGAUCAACACCGUAUCAGAUGAUAACGAAAGCGACCUCGAUUACCAGCCAGACGAAGAUUGUGGUCCUAUUGAUGAUGGAGCGGGCUUGGUUGAUGCUGCGAAUGAGGAUAUCUGGCCCGAACAGUUCCCAGCCGAAGUGGACUUGAUGGCAAGUACAAAGCUGAAGCGCUACUGCAAACAGUCGGAACCUUUUCAACUGGCAGAGGAAAGACUCACUGAGAAGCGGCGGACUCAGCUGUAUGGGACGUCGUCGCUCGUUCAUAUCUUGGUCGCAUGGAGGUACAUCGAUCCCAAGGAGCGUCAUACGUGGUUGCCUGAUGCAUUUGGUCCGUCGUUAUCGACACCCGAGGCCAGGUGGGAGUUCAGAUGCCUCGAGCAGUCCAGGUGCAUCGAGCAGUCCAUGUGCAUCGAGCAGUCCAUGUGCAUCGAGCAGUCCAUGUGCAUCGAGCAGUUCAACGGCAACAAGUAA